UUUGACGAAAAUAAAAAUUUAAUAAUAUUGAUGUUUCACUUUCGCAAUAUUGUAAAUUAUAUUGACGAAUUGACGACGAUUAUUGCACUCAACUUUAUUGGAGAAAACAAAGAUGAAAAACCUACUACGCGAGCUGAAGCUAAGGGACUGCAGCAAAAAUUACAACAUCUAGAAAUAGCAAUUCUAGUCAUUGUUUGGAAUGCAAUUUUGGAUCGCAUUAAUGCUGCGAGUAAAAAGCUUCAGGAUUCUCAAGCUGAUUUAUUAUCUGUGAUAAGAAUAUAUAGUUCUUUGACAUUAUUUCUCCAAGAUAUGAGAGAUAAACAAUUUUCUGAUUAUGAAAAAAAAGCCAAAGCACUAUCUGGAGUUCAAAAUUAUUACCACUAUGACACCCGUCGUAAAAAAACCCGAAAACUUCAGGCUGACGAGUUACGGGAAAAUGAAAGAACAGCUUUAUCUGGAGAAGAAAAUUUUCGAACCAAAGUUUACUAAACCAAAGAUACUGUAUUGCGUAGAUAGCUGCUUAUAAAUAAUAAUGCUCAUCGUAGACGAGUUUCAAAACAACCGCCAACCACAUCACUUCGUCGCUUCGUUAGCCUGGUCAUCAACGUGUAAAUUCUAAAUUCCGAGAGGCAUUGUGUUACAUAAUUAAUAAAACAAAGCGAAAAUGUCAACGGCGUCUUGGAGGUGUAUAAAGUUAACGUACUUCGUAAUUGGUAUUAUUACUACCAUGCAAGGGUCUGUGAGCGGAAGUGAAAAUAUUCAUGAUGUAAAUUAUGCGCUCGGUAUUAAUUUUUUCGAACAAUUUACAAACUUUGAUGAAGUGAGUUUAGCGUGUUUAACGGAUUUAAAAAUUGUGGCGGAAGCGUUGAAAGACAAUGCGGAUUGGGCGCUAAAAAUGCUUGAUGCUUGGGGUAAAUUCCCCUCUGGUAUACUAUACGGUCAUCGCAUGGAGAUGGGAAAUUUCGAUGAAUGCCUCGACAUAAAUUCACCAUUGUUGGGUAAAUACUGUCAGGCGUCUAUUCCCGUAGAAACGACUGCAUUUGGUUUGAAUGCUGAAAUACAGCUAGGCAUAUGCUUUCCAAAUAAAUGUAGUACGGAGGACUUUGAUAAGCUUCUAAAAUACUUUUUAUCAGAUUCAUAUAAAUUAAAUUUCAAUGUGACAACCAAAUUGCUGAUCGCAUCCACCUGUUCAACUCGCGAACUUGUCGAACUUGAGCCUCUCGAUUGGGUUGCAAUUGGGCUUUUCAUUACUUUGGCACUUCUAAUGGCGCUGAGCACUAUCUUUGACUGUCUUUAUAGUUACAAAAGAAAGCAACCCAACAAGCUGUUGGUUUCUUUUUCCAUACCUAAAAAUCUGCAGCAAUUAUUAAAAAUUCAGCAUGGGCACAUACCCUGUCUCCAUGGCAUACGUUGUCUUUCACUGUUUUGGAUAAUAUUUUUACAUUGCUACCUGUAUCGUAUACUGUCUCCAAAUAUAAAUGCGGUCGAUAUAAAAAGUUGGGAACAAACGCCAUUUUCGAUGAUCGAACAGAGCGGCUCAAUUGCGGUGGACUCAUUUUUCUUUCUUAGUGGUCUAUUGCUAAUCAUGGUGUCCUUCAGAGAAAUGCAAAAAAAUGAUGGAAAACUCAACAUACCACUGAUGUACAUUCACCGUUAUUUACGCCUUACGCCAAUUCUUGCUGUAGCUGUUUUAUUUUACAUGUCGUUAUUUAAUUACAUGGGCAAUGGACCAAUUUGGAAGAACCUUACUGUUGCAAAUAAGAUAUGUGACAAUACUUGGUGGGCCACACUAUUGUAUGUACAAAACUAUGCAGCACCUGGUAAACUGUGUCUUGGUCAUACCUGGUAUUUGGCAGUGGAUACUCAGCUGUUCUUUUUAUCGCCUAUAUUUUUAAUUAUGAUCUGGAAGUGGCGGAAAUUGGGUACAGCGGCAACAAUAAUUUUUGGUUUAUUGCUGGUUGCUUGUUUAUUUACCGUUAUUGUGAUAAAUAAAUACACAAUUUACGACAUUGCACGAAACUAUGGCACGGCAAGUGAGGCAAUGCCGAAAAUUUACUACUCCACACACACCAGAUGCUCAGCCUGGUUGAUCGGUCUGCUUUUUGGCUGCUACUUGCACUACAACAAUGGACGCAUCGCUAAAAUAUCAAAUUGGUUAGUCGCAUUUGGUUGGGUUGUAUCGCUCGGCAUGCUCUUCACAUUGGUAUUUGCUUGGUAUCCGAAAACACUGCCCACCACAAGCGAUCCCACCGUACUCGAGAGUGCUUUUUAUUUUGCUGGGGGACGCGUAGCGUGGCCUUUGGCAUUAUGCUGGAUAGUCUUCGCCUGUAUAAAUGGUUAUGGUGGUCCGAUAAACAGUUUUCUUUCAUGGACCUUUUGGCAACCCAUUUCGAAGCUUUCGUACAUUAUGUACAUUUGGCAUUUGAUUGUGAUCACUAUAAAUGCGUCGCGUAUCAAAACUAAUACAUAUUUUUCUGAUUAUGAUGUGACUUUAAGCUUCUGGAGUAAUUUUGGUGUAACACUACUCGUAUCUGUUUGCCUUCAUUUGGCUGUCGAGGCUCCGGUGGCCGAUAUAGAAAGUUACCUGCUACCACGGAACAAGCCAAAGACUGCUAAACGAUCCACAUUGCCCGUUACAACCACAAUAUCUCAACAGAAUUUAUGCGAGUAGGAUUAUAGGAGAUAUAUUUCCAAAUUUGUAAUAUAAUAUAACUAUUUUUAAUCCAUGUAUAUAUGUAUAUAUUGCCAACUGAUGUUAUAUACUCUCAGGUUAGUAGGUUACUUUAAAAAGCACAGGAAAUGUUUUGGAUCUUUGGGAUCUUCGUAUACAAAUUUGUACACUGUAAACGUAAAUGAGACUAGUUUAUGUCCAUAAUUAUUAAUAAAUAUUAAUUUAAAAUUAUAAUCUACAAUAUGUAAUUACUUGUAUAUUAACAAUUGUAUGUGUAAAUAUAAAUUUUUCAAAUAAUAAUAUUUUUUCUAUUUUAAAUAAUA